UUCCUCCACCACAAGGAGCCGAGUAUCCAUGCGUGCAGAGCCUGCCGAGCCACCUCUUCUUCCUCUGCUAUGAUCUCUUUCCGCUCGUUCUCUCUUCUCUCCACUUGCAAGUAUGACGAUAUAGUAUCGAAUGGUUUUCUACUCCCUCUAUCUCCCAUGUCUUCCUUUUUGCUUAUCGCCGCCUCCAAAGCUGCCAUUCCGGCCUGUUAAUUGCCUCUUCCGGUCCUAAUACAAUCCCUUGAAACAUCCGGUGAUGAUGAUGAUGAUGGUUAGGAAGCCGCUCAUGCUCAAGGAUUACCUCGAGCUCGACGACGACGACGACGAUUCGGAAUCCGUUGCCUCCUCCGGUCUCGCCGGUGUCCCCACCAUCCGGUGCCUACUCGACGCGGAGCUCCGUAGCGGCGCGGCGAGGCUGGUCCACACAGCGCAAUCUAAUAAAAAUACCCGGUCGAAGUUCUGCGCCGCGAUCAAUGCCGUCAAGCUCCUGCCUUUUUCCUCCUCCGACGGUAGGUGCCUACCGGGGCAUGACGGAUCUCUUUCCAGAAGCAUAUCGAGGCGGCUCAGGGGAAGCUUGUGGAAGAAGAAAGAAAAGAAGGCAGACCAGCAGGCGGCGGUGGACAGCAGGGCCAAGGUCAGAGACAUCGUACGGCACCGAUCGUUCGACGAGAACGGAGAAGGGUGGAAGUCUCUCCGAUUCCCCUCCCCCGUUGCUAGUAGUCUCAGCAGUUGGUCGGAGACGGAGUCCUGCGGCACAGUCUCCGACCUCCUCCCCGCGUCCAUGGCGAGCUCGGAGAGCCUGGACGAGAACGCUGCCUCCGCGGGUGGGAGGAGAAAAGAAUCACCGUCACGUGGCCCAAACCUUAAUGACAAGUCGGAGAAGAAGGCCGACGAUGAGAAAUCGGAGGGUGAAGCCAUCGCCAGCCGACCGGCGAAGGUAUCGGAUAGCAAAGAGACGGAGUCCUACGAGUGCAACUCCGAGGAAGAGGAGGAGGAGGAGAAGCUAAGCCCAGUUUCGGUCAUCGACUAUCCCUACCAACAAGAUAACGGGCACGAUGACGAGGAGGAACAGGAUGCCACCACCACGUUCCAUCGCAGCCUCGCCAACAUUGAGCGGACCAAAGAGCAGCUGCUGCGCAGGAUCAGACGGUUUGAAAUGCUCGCCGAGCUGGACCCCGGGGUUCUCUCCGCGUCGUCGUCGCAGGAUGAUCUCCAAGAAUCCACCGACCACGUGGCAUCCUCGGGCGGUGAGGGAGAGGAGGAGAGAGCGUGGGGCCUACUCGGCGAGCUGAAGGCCAGCCCGCUCGAGGAGGGUCCACGUGGGAGCGUGGAGAAGCUUCUGUUGGACUUCUUCAUCCAAGGGCAGUGCCGCUCCAGCUACGCCAAUCGCGACCGUCCGUUGCGAUGGGGCCGCACGCGACCGCCCCGCGCGGUCCGCGGGGAGACGCGGGAGAUGUUGAAUACCGCUAGAGAUUGGAUCGACGGCAGGAGAUGCAGAGACCUGGACGACGUCCACGGGGAGGCGACGCUGAGGGAGAUGGAGGGGAACGGACGGUGGAGAUGCUUCGACGAGGUAGAGGAGGAACUGGGGAUGCAACUGGAAAAUGCCCUGUUCGAGUCAGCUGUGGCGGAGUUGGUACAGGAUUUAGUAUCACGUUAGUAAAUCAGAAAAAAAAAAUCUCGUUAUUGAUUGGUUUAUUUUCUUGUGUAAGUGGCAAUAACGAGGGUAGAUUGUUCUUGCUUGUUCGGAGACCCAGUGAGAUGUAAAAAUAUCCAAUAAAAUUGGUUCAUAUAUGAAACA